AUGCAGAGGUUUUGCACUAAGCUGCGUUCCAUUUCCGUCCAAUCAAAUCGGAACCUCUCUCUUAUCGGUGCUCCUCAUCGUCUGAUCCACCAUUCUCCGUCUUCUCAGUUAGCCCUAGGUUUCGCCACCACGAGCAAAUGGAGCUUCAUUCCCUCCGCCGCGCUUCCCGGAGUUUCGCCUAGCUCCAUGGGGUCUACCUUCGUUCCUCAUCAUUUUGUUCAAGUGCGGAACAUCACUACUAAGGAAAAAACGGCGAAAAGGAAGAAGAAGUGGGGACUUAGGACUCCAAUCACAUCAAAAGUCAAGAAAGUCAAGAUCAAGUUUUAUUCGUCAUACAAAGACAGGUUUAGACCACUGAAAGAUGGUACCAUCCGUCGCUGGAAAGAAGGCAAGCGCCACAACGCACACUUAAAGUCAAAGAAAUCGAAGCGUAGAUUGAGACAGCCUGCACUAGUACCAGCAGCAUAUGCCAAAGUCAUGAAGAAACUCAAUUUCUGUAAUUGA